AUGGCUUGUUUAAUAGCCAGAGUAGCUUGUGAAACUUCUCCUGAACAGGGAACAUCGAAUGGUCAACAAUCCGAUAGCCAGAAAAAUGCCGCAGAUUCUGAGGCAGAAAAGAAAGAAUUAAACAAAGAGAAAGCUGAUGAAAAAAGUGGACUGGUUAAAGAAGAAAAAGAAGAAGAGGAGGAAGAAGAAGAAGGAACUAAAGGACCUUUCCUAUCGUGUUCACUUUUCAACGAUAACUCAGCAUGCAACACGAUGUGCUCGAUAAUGGGUACAAUUUAUGGCGAACCCAUAAAUUCGGGGACAUGUACAGAACAAGAAUGCAAAUGCGACGUACCACCAAACGCCACCCUCGAGGACUUCUGGAAACUAAAAUUCGACUCUCCGCAUAUUCUGCAAGAAAUUCGUAAAAAUAAUAAUCUUUCUAGUAAAAUUUUCGAUGUCCUGAAGAUCCCACACCAAACACCACAACAAACUAAACAAAAUCUUGCAUCACUGUUAACUCCCCAACAACUGAAAAAUCUUCGCGUGAAAAAUGAAAAUCCUCAGAAACUAUUCUCAAAAUACGGUGCACCGAAACCUGUCGCUGUUCAGAAAUAUGUCACUGAGAAGCUGAAAUCUCUUAAAACAUCACUUAAAAGCAAAGAUUACAAGAAAUUAUUGCUCAAAUCACUAAACGAUGCUGAUGACGAUACAUUCAACUACUUCUCGCACAAAAUCCGUCGAUCAAAAAAUAAACUUUUGAACCAAGUUCUCGACAAAUAUGUAAGUGAUCACAAAAUUAAAGAGCCUGAGAUGCAGCCUGAUGAAGAAACUGAAGAAUCAAUGAUUGAUAUUUUAGAUACCGCCUUGAUCAACGAAAUCAUCAAACCAGUACCUCGUAAGAUCCAACCAGGUGCUCGAGGAAAAUCAUCUUCAAAAUCACCCUCGUCCGGUUCCAAAUCAACCCAAUCAAAAGAAAAUACUUUCAAAAAGCAGAAUAGCAGUCCCAGCUCAUCUGGAAAGACUUCUGAUGAUAAACGUACCAUAAUCGAUAAAAAUCUGUACACGUUGAAAGGAUUCGAUCAGACACAAGUAGCUCAAUUCAAACAAAGAGUAAAGGGAAAACAAAACUGGAAUAAAUGUUGGAAUGAAAUGUAUGUCUAUGAGGUUUGUACAACUAAGUACUCCUUUGUAGAAUUCUUCACCUGGAGAAACAUAGAACAACAAAUUGUGGUUGAAAUUAGAAAAUUCAUCAAUGGUAACGUAGGGCAAAAGUGGAAAUUUGACGGCUGUGGUUUCGAAUUACAACGAAAAGCGGAUGGUGAAAUCAUUCAGUAUUGGGAUUUGCCCAACGGUUCCCACUGGGAGUACGUUAAAUCUUCUGAUGGUGAAGUUACUCAACAUUGGGAGGGUAAAGAAGAUUGGAAAUCUGUAGAGUACUAUAAAUCGUUUAUGGAUUCGUGGUGUUCUGAGAAUGGUUCCUAUUAUCAUGUGGGAGGAGAAUCCUGCAUCAUGUACUGAGGGUGAUUCGGAUGAAAUUUCGCGAAAACCGAUUAAAUGUACCUAGGUAUUAAGAUUUGUAAAUUAAAUGACUAAAAUAUAAUU